AAAGCGCAUCACGUGACGACUGGCCCCGCCUCUUCCUCUCGGUCCCAUAUUGAACUCGAGUUGGAAGAGGCGAGUCCGGUCUCAAAAUGGAGGUAAAACAGCCGCCCGGUCGCCCCCAGCCCGACUCCGGCCGUCGCCGCCGCCGCCGGGGGGAGGAGGGUCAUGAUCCAAAGGAACCAGAGCAGUUGAGGAAACUGUUUAUUGGUGGUCUGAGCUUUGAAACUACAGAUGAUAGUUUGAGAGAACAUUUUGAGAAAUGGGGCACACUGACAGAUUGUGUGGUAAUGAGAGACCCCCAAACAAAACGUUCCAGGGGGUUUGGUUUUGUGACUUACUCUUGUGUUGAAGAGGUGGAUGCAGCAAUGUGUGCUCGACCACACAAGGUUGAUGGGCGUGUUGUGGAACCAAAGAGAGCUGUUUCUAGAGAGGAUUCGGUAAAGCCUGGUGCCCAUUUAACAGUGAAGAAAAUUUUUGUUGGUGGUAUUAAAGAAGAUACAGAGGAAUAUAAUUUGAGAGACUACUUUGAAAAGUAUGGCAAGAUUGAAACCAUAGAAGUUAUGGAAGACAGGCAGAGUGGCAAAAAAAGAGGAUUUGCUUUUGUAACUUUUGAUGAUCAUGAUACAGUUGAUAAAAUUGUUGUUCAGAAAUACCACACUAUUAAUGGGCAUAGUUGUGAAGUGAAAAAAGCCCUUUCUAAACAAGAGAUGCAGUCUGCUGCUGGAUCACCAAGAGGCCGUGGAGGUGGAUCUGGCAACUUUAUGGGUCGUGGAGGAAACUUUGGAGGUGGUGGAGGUAAUUUUGGCCGUGGCGGAAACUUUGGUGGAAGAGUUUCUACUUUUUCCUCAGGAGGUUAUGGUGGUGGUGGUGGUGGCAGCAGAGGAAGUUAUGGAGGAGGUGAUGGUGGAUAUAAUGGUUUUGGAGGUGAUGGUGGCAACUAUGGUGGUGGUCCUGGUUACAGUAGCAGGGGAGGCUAUGGUGGUGGUGGACCAGGAUAUGGAAACCAAGGUGGUGGAUAUGGUGGAGGAGGAGGAUAUGAUGGUUACAAUGAAGGAGGAAAUUUUGGAGGCAACUAUGGUGGUGGUGGAAAUUACAAUGAUUUUGGAAAUUAUAGUGGACAACAGCAGUCAAAUUAUGGGCCCAUGAAAGGGGGCAGUUUUGGUGGGAGAAGCUCGGGCAGUCCCUAUGGUGGUGGUUAUGGAUCUGGUGGUGGAAGUGGUGGAUAUGGUAGCAGAAGGUUCUAAAUACAGCAAAAAGGGUAGGUAUCUUUAAAUUUUUUUCGUUUUAUAUGAUGUUGAAAUGUGAUAAUGUUCACUGAGUGUAAUAAUUUUUUUAUCCUGUAUUAUUCAACAGGCUACAGUUCUUAGCAGGAGAGAGAGCGAGGAGUUGUCAGGAAAGCUGCAGGUUACUUUGAGACAGUCGUCCCAAAUGCAUUAGAGGAACUGUAAAAAUCUGCCACAGGAGGAACGAUGAUCCAUAGUCAGAAAAGUUACUGCAGCUUAAACAGGAGACCCUUCUUGUUCAGGACUGUCAUAGCCACAGUUUGCAAAAAGUGCAGCUAUUGAUUAAUGCAAUGUAGUGUCAAUUAGAUGUACAUUCCUGAGGUCUUUUAUCUGUUGUAGCUUUGUCUUUUCUUUUUCUUUUCAUUACAUCAGGUAUAUUGCCCUGUAAAUUGUGGUAGUGGUACCAGGAAUAAAAAAUUAAGGAAUUUUUAACUUUUCAA